UUAGAGGAUUGAAUAUGUCGUGGCAAACUUACGUGGAUGAGCACUUGAUGUGCGAUAUCGAAGGGCAAGCCGGGCUGAAACUCACUGCGGCGGCCAUCCUUGGCCACGACGGCGCUGUGUGGGCCCAGAGCGCCACCUUCCCUCAGAUGAAGCCAGAUGAGAUAAAAGGGAUAUUGAACGAUUUUGAGGAGCCGGGGACUCUGGCCCCGACCGGUUUGUUCUUUGGGGGAGCGAAGUAUAUGGUGAUUCAAGGAGAGCCGGGCGCGGUGAUUCGUGGGAAGAAGGGGUCUGGAGGCAUAACUAUUAAGAAGUCGGGGCAGGCAUUGGUGUUCGGGGUGUACGAGGAGCCGGUCACGCCAGGUCAAUGCAACAUGGUUGUGGAGAGGCUGGCCGAUUACCUUAUCGAUCAGGGCAUGUAGAUGUGUCAUUGCUCAUAAAGGUCUCACUUCACCUUUCCAGGCUUCCUUUCAUACUAGAAUUUUCUUACUUUUUUCCUCCUUUUCAAUACUUACCUUUAAUAUUCCAAUUCUUCUUUUUUCCAUGUUGUUACCUUCUCAGAGCGGUCUAAUAAUUAAUAUCAAUAACGUACACCAAA